AUGUCAUUUUUGGAUUUGACGUCUUCACGUAAACCUUUUCACUUUUUUGCAUUAAUAUCCAACAUACGGAUUUUACCACCUCACCACGAAAGGGCCGGCCGUCCAACCACAUCCUCUUCUUCCGGCAAGCCGGCCUGCAAGUUUAAAGCCCGUGACUCUCCCCUGCCACCAAAAUUUCCCCGUCGAUUGUGGAUCCACAAAUCAUCCCUAGCAAGCAAGCAAGCCUUCCGUACAAACCGGCUUCUUUGGGCAUAUGUAUCGGAUAUUGCUGCACAUGGAAUACAGAAAUCGGAAGGACUUACAACGGAGGAGGCGUUUCGAUGCUGGAUGAAUAUUGGAUGA